UCGACACCGUAAACAAUGGCGGCCGCACUGGCCGGCGAAAACACCAGUGGAAGCAGAAACAAGGGACCGACCGCUCGUUUAUCGGCCGCUCUCGGCAGAGCAGCUUCAGUCGGCACGCGCUAUGUGCGGAGUAGCGCGGGAGUUUUGCGACCGGCCCCCGGCCAUGCGUCGUCGUCGUUGAGUGCAGCCUGCGGUGUCAACAUGGAACUGAGCGAUCGUACCGAGAGCUGCCGGCUCGUGGUGCCGGACGAGACGAGCCCGCUGCUUGCGUUCCCGGCGACCACCAUGGGCCGGCCGCGACGCUGCUCGUCGCUGGGAAGUCGCGACGACGCGCCCGAGGCGGACGCCGAAGUCGCCGAUGAAGAGAAGCCACCGAUCUCGCCCAGACAGUUGUGGCUCAACCGAGUCAAGACCGGCGUUCUCAGCCUCGUCGUCGUGUUCGCUGUGGUGGUGAUGAGCUUCAUUCCGGAGUUGACCGAGACGUGGACCAGCGUCGCGAUCUCCGGGAACGAGUCAUACUGUAUCAACCUGAGCCUGCUGUUGGAGCCGGGCCACCCCGUGGUUCGGGUUCGUGCUAAAGGUCCGUUCAUUUCCGAGGAACUGGGCAACCUGUCCGGCCUGUGGACUGUGUUCACGCUGGAAGGCAGCGCCGAGCCUCCGGUACGAGUGCCCACGGCGCCGCCGCCUCUGCAGCCCACGCCGGUGCAGUGGGAACACCUGUUUCCUCUACCCAGGGACUCCGUCGCUCAGCAGCAACCCCUGGGUGGCUACUCGCUCGAGGUACACCUGGAGUCGUCGUUUGACGUUGCCAGCGUGCCGCAGGUUUCGCUGAGCGUGAACGUGAGCGCAUUCACGGAGCUCACGCAGCUCGGCCUGCUCAUGGGCGGAGCAGUGCUGCUCGGCCUGUACGUACUCAUCGUGUUCGAGCUGGUGCACCGGACACUGGCCGCCAUGCUCGCCGCCACGGCGGCCAUCGCCUGCCUCGCCCUCAUCGGGGACAGGCCAAGCCUCUCCAAGGUGAUGUCAUGGCUGGACGUGGAGACGCUUUGCCUGCUAUUCGGAAUGAUGGUGCUUGUAGCCAUUCUGUGCGAGACGGGCUUCUUCGACUACGCGGCCGUGGUGGCGUUCCGCGUGGCUCGAGGCCGUGUGUGGCCUCUGAUCACGACCCUGUGCGUCACCACGGCACUCGUGUCCGCAUUCUUGGACAACGUCACCACCAUACUGCUCAUGACGCCAGCCACCAUCAGGCUCUGCGAGGUGAUGGACCUGGACCCGAAGCUCAUCCUCAUCUGGCUGGUGAUAUUCUCGAACAUUGGUGGAGCCGCCACGCCCGUCGGAGACCCACCGAACGUCAUCAUCAUCUCGAACCAGCAGGUCGCCGCCAUGGGCAUCAACUUCACCUCGUUCACGGCACACAUGGUGCCCGGUGCGUUGCUGUGCCUUGUGGGAGCGUACCUGCUGCUGCGACUGCGAGACACCAAGAGCCUGCGGCCGCACGAGGCGCCCGAGUUGCUGGAGCUUCAGCGCGAGCUGGACAUCUGGCGCAAGGCGUACCGCUCGCUGUCUGAGUACUCGCGAGACGAGAAGCACGUCAAGGACAUCCUCGAGCGUAAGGUGAAGCGCCUGGAGCGGCUGCGCUCGCGCAAGGUGGCCGAGAUGCACUGUUCCGAAGAAGGAUUUCGGCAGAACCUGCAGUUGCUCUCCGACAAGUACAAGAUUCGUAACCCCGCUCUGCUGGUGAAGACCGGCAUUGUUCUGGGAUGCGUCAUUCUCCUCUUCUUCAUGCAGAGCUUUCCCAACCUGCACCUGAGCCUAGGCUGGAUCGCUGUCCUGGGCGCCCUGCUGCUCUUGGUUCUUGCCGACCUGGAUGACCUGGAGUCGGUCAUGGCUCGCGUCGAGUGGACCACGCUGGUGUUCUUCGCCGCGCUGUUCGUUGUCAUGGAGGCGCUGGGAGAGCUGCAACUCAUCUACUUCAUCGGCCAGCGCACGCAGGAGUGGAUCGGUGCGCUGCAGCCGCAGUCGCAACGGCCCGUGGCCAUUCUCAUCGUCACGUGGGUGUCGGCGCUCGCUUCGUCGCUCAUGGACAACAUACCCUUCACCACGGCCAUGGUCAAGGUGGUGACAGGCCUGUCAGAAGGACCAUCUCUCGUGUACGCACUCGCGUGGGGAGCCUGUUUAGGCGGCAACGGCACGCUCAUCGGCGCCUCGGCCAACGUGGUCUGCGCCGGGGUCGCCGAGCAGCACGGCCACCGAUUCACCUUCUUCGACUUCUUCAGAAUCGGCUUCCCCGUCAUGCUGCUGACAACGGCGAUCGCCUCCCUGUGGUUGCUCUUCUGUCACGUCUGGUUGCAGUGGAACACCUAGGCGUAAUAUUAAGGAGUUUUAGGAAUAAUAAAUGAAAU